AUGACCAAAAUCUUUUUUGCGCUUUCAGAUAUAAUGCAGACAAAUCCCAUUUACACUCAAACUUCAAAAAAUUUACCAUGCGUACAACCUAAUUCACCCUACUUGCAUGACAUUUUCGUUGUGACCAAAUAUGAUUUUAUUUAUGGAAAUGCUCUAGUCAUCUGUGAAGAAAUAGUACCAUUAACAGUUGAAUCUGCAAUCAAUUUGUUAAGUAAUUCCGAUGAUGAGAAUAACAUUGUCAACUCAUUUUAUUAUAUACAUCCAUUUACCAUGAAGAUUUAUAAAGUAAUGCUUGUGUUCCAGUGUGUAACACAAGUGAGCGGGUUUUCUAAAAUAGAUCAAGAACAUAUUAAAUCGUGUUUAACUCAACUAUUUAGCUCUAAAAAUAGUGGUGAGAACUAUUUUAAAGUUAAAUGUAAAUGGGAGGAAGAAUCCAUUAAAGUAUUGCUUUUUUAUUUGACUGAAAAUAAAGAAGAUGUACUGCUGCUAGAAUGUCGAGGUUCGAAAGCUGGUAAAGUUAGAAUGUCUCUAUGGAAUGGUGCCGUCACUGCAUUAUUAAAUAAAGGUUACACUUAUACCGCUGAACAAUGUGCGACAAAGUGGAAAAAUAUUAAACAGAAUCAUGAUGUUGAGGCUUGUAAUAAUAUUAUAAGCAGCAAUUUGGAUAUUAAUGAGAUUAUGUCAAAAGAUUUUAAUGCAUUUACUAAUGAAAUCCCCGUUAUAGCAAACGAACGAUGGCUAAACGCCACAAAAUAUCUAGGAAUGGAUACGCGGAACGUUUCUAUGCUAGGUGUAAAUAACAUAAUUUGA